GGGCCCUCUGCCGGAAGUACGGAAGGAGGCCUCCAGCGCUGGGAAAACUGACCGCAAAGUUUGCCCGCGGAGUCUUGCGUUGCGGUCGCGGUUCCUCUCCUCACCCUUGGGAAGAAAUGUCUUUUGUAAAAAGAAAUCCAAAACGCAUAAUACUUUCUGAACUCCACAGUUCAGCUGCAGAAGGAGAUGUUGCCAAGGUAGCAGCAAUACUCAGUCACUCUCCAUCUCUUCUCAAUGAAACCUCUGAAAAUGGCUGGACCGCCUUGAUGUAUGCUGCAAGGAAUGGGCAUCUCGAAGCUGUCCAGUUUCUGCUUGAGAAAGGAUGUGACAGAUCACUUGUCAAUAAGUCAAGGCAGACUGCACUGGAUAUUGCAGUGUUUUGGGGUUAUAAGCAUAUAGCUAACUUGUUAGCUAAUGCAAAAGGUGGGAAGAAACCUUGGUUCCUAACCAAUGAAGUAGACGAAUGUGAAAAUUAUUUUAACAGAACUCUACUGGACCGGAAGAGUGACAAAAGAACUAAUUCUGACUGGCUACAAGCUAAAGAGAGCCACCCAGCCACAGUUUAUAUCCUUUUCUCCGACUUGAACCCCUUGGUUACUCUAGGUGGAAAUAAAGAAAGCUCGCAGCAGCCGGAAGUCAGGCUUUGCCAGCUGAACUACACAGAUAUAAAGGAUUACUUGGCCCAGCCGGAGAAGAUCACUUUGGUGUUCCUUGGAGUGGAGCUUGAAAUGAGAAAAGGAUUGCAUAACUAUGCUGGAGAUAUCCCAGGCGAAGAGGAGGAUGGUUUAGUUGCAUGGUUUGCACUCGGUAUAGAUCCUGUUGCUGCUGAAGAGUUUAAGCAAAGGCAUGAAAAUUGCUAUUUUCUCCACCCUCCAAUGCCAGCUCUUCUGCAGUUGAAAGAAAAAGAGGCUGGGGUUGUAGCUCAAGCAAGAUCUGUUCUUGCAUGGCAUAGUCGAUACAAGUUUUGCCCAACCUGUGGCAGUGCAACUAAAAUUGAAGAAGGUGGCUAUAAAAGAGUCUGUUUAAGAGAAAACUGUCCUAGCCUGCAAGGUGUCCACAAUACAUCUUACCCAAGAGUUGAUCCAGUAGUAAUCAUGCAGGUUAUCCAUCCAGAUGGAACCAAAUGUCUUUUAGGCAGGCAAAAGAGAUUUCCCCCAGGCAUGUUUACUUGUCUCGCUGGAUUUAUUGAACCUGGGGAGACAAUAGAAGAUGCUGUGCGGAGAGAAGUAGAGGAGGAAAGUGGAGUCAAAGUUGGCCAUGUUCAGUAUAUCUCUUGUCAGCCAUGGCCAAUGCCCUCGUCUUUAAUGAUUGGUUGUUUAGCUGUGGCAGUGUCUACAGAAAUUAAAGUUGACAAGAAUGAAAUAGAGGAUGCCCGAUGGUUCACUAGAGAACAGGUUGUGGAUGUUCUUACCAAAGGGAAGCAGCAAGCAUUCUUCGUACCACCAAGCCGAGCCAUUGCACAUCAGCUAAUCAAACACUGGGUUAGAAUGAACCCCAAUCUCUAAUUGAAAAUACUAACCUCUGUUGGGAUAUGAUUUAAUGUUUAAUACCUAUUUCUCAAGUAAGAUUAGAUAUAUUUAUUGAUCUUUAGAAUCAUAUAUUAUAAAAUCUGGGGGCUUCAAAAUAUUUUAAGUGUUCUUUCCAUUAUUAACUACAAAAUUCAUAGUGUUGUAAAUUAGAAUGAUGCCUCAGAUUUUCAUAAAAUUGGAGUUAACCUGUGAACAUUUUUGUUGUGAUUCCCGAUUUUACCUCACAAAACUAACUGUAUUUUUACCAAAAAAAAAAAUAAUGUUGGAAUAAAUGUGCUCCAGAAAUUGGAUAAACCUUAAUCCAUGUCUUGAAAAGACUGGAUUCCUUGCUGGACAUAUGCAUUAAAAUAACUUUAUUGAAUUUUGAGCUUCAAUAUAUAUUUAGUCAUCUACUAGCCAUUCUCCUGGCCUAUUGUUAUAGGAGUGGUACUGUUCUAGUGUUGCUACUGGUUCAGUAUGACUAGUGCUAAGAAUUAUUUUAUUUUAACAGUUUACCCAUUACUGAUCUUAGAAUAUUACACUCAUGAGUAGAGAACUAAAAAAACAUAUGUACACCUUUGUAUCUGGGACCUCACAGUUAAAUUCAAAGCAAACUACUACAUCUGUCUGUUUCACUUAUACUUAAAGUUGCUAUUAAGACAAGUGAAGAUUUUCCAGUUUUUCACCUGACUUCAACAUUUUAGAAAGGAAUUCCUGAAGGUCAGAAACUAAAUCUCAAUUGUAUUUAUAUUUUAAAUAAAUGAAUUAAUUAAUUAAAACAAAUUAAUUUUGUGAUGAGGGAUAUAUUUGCUUUGGAAAGAAAUAUAUAAUAAUUGCUAUCAGUAUUCAUUAUACUGUAAUAUAAUGUCUUGGCUUUGGCCUUAUUUCAUCACAUCCUAAAAAGCCUUACUUAUUAUACCUUAGAGUUGAGUUGCUAAGAUCCUAGAGAAAGUAGUUGCAGUAUUUCAGUUUUACAAUAUAGACAGACACAUUUAUUUUGCUUGGCAGUUUUGCAAUUGUUUUUAACUAUAUACAUCUACAUAUUUGCCUCUUUACUAUUCUGUUAGAACUUGAAGAGAUCUUAAGCACAGUAGAUGUUGGACAUAAUCAUUGAAACUGUAGUAUGCAGCUAAGAACUAGAUUUUUCCUGUACUAGGAAACAGAAGCUAUUACCCAAAAGUAUCUGUGGUCUAAGGAGUUAGAAAAUGGUUCAGUCAUAACAGUGCUUGCUAUGCAAGCUUGAGUACUUGAGUUCAGAUCCUCUGCACCCAUUUCAGAAACUGGGUUCAGUGACAUACAAAUCUAAUCUCAGAUCUAAACAGGCAGAGACAUGAGUAUCCUGGGGCUCGAUGACCAGUCAGUCUGGUGAAUCAGUAAGCUCAAUGAGAUGAGAGACCUUGUCUUGAACCACAAGGUAGAAAAAGCUGCAGAUGGCUCAGUGCUGAAGAACACUUUCUGUCUUUGUGGAGUUUGGUUCCCAAGAUCCUCCUCAGGAGCUCACAACUACCCGUAACUACAGCUCCAUGGGAUCCAAUACCCUGUUGUGGCCUCUGCGGACACCUGCAUGCACGUUUACUUAACAAACAGACAUAUAAAUAGAGUGAAUGAAGAAGACAGCUGACUUCUGUCUCUGGCCUACACACACACACACACACACACAGAGAGAAAGAGAGAGAGAGAAAGAAUGAGAAUGGGUUAAAAGGAAUGAUGAUAAAAAGAAUGGACUUAACUUAUCAAAUGUUGUUAAUUGGUACUACCUAAAAUUUAUUUAACCUAAAUAAUAUAACUUUCUCAGAGAAUUUAUUUUACUAAUGAAUACUAUUGCUUAGCAGUUAAUGAAAGCUUAUUAAAAUGAGAACUUGAGACCAAACCAAAAAUUAUUGAGGAAAUUUAUAUACAUGGUAACUUGGAGUUGUAUAACUAUAUUAAAAUAAUAUACUUUGAUUAUUAUGAAA